AGCACUGCGCACGUUGAAAAAGAAACGAAUUGACUGACACCUUCUCUCUCUCUCUCUCUCUCUCUAGGUACUCGAUUUCAGCCACCAUUGGCGGAGCUCUGAGCUGGAUUGGAUUGCUCGCGUAGAUUCACUUACUCUCUUUCUGUUAGGUACACUGCGGGGAGGAGUGACUGCGUGCUCUUGCAUUUCUCGGUCGCAUGCAUUCUCGCAUCGGAAGCGUCAAUCCAAUCGACUCGACGGGGACAAACUGCCUCUGAUCCGAUCUGCUCGUCUUGCAAUUCGUUUCGCCGUUUCUGUUUGAUCGAAGUUUCGCCAAAUCGCGGCGUCGGCCAUGUUCCCCAUUUUCAGUACGGCUGCUCGUCCGUGAGAAUUGUGCAUUGCGUGGCUGGAAGAUCGGAUUCGGGGUCACGGUGUUGAUGGUUGGUUUCGUGCUUGUUAAUCAGUCGUUUGGUCUCCAGGGCUUGGUUUUGGAGGAUGAGGGAGGUGUCUGUUGAGCGAGUUGUCUCCUGCGCCAUCUAUCAGCGUUUGAGCGGAUUUCGGUUACUGCAUUCGGUGGCGAGGAUUUGAAGUGGCUGGCGGCAGUUCUCGCACAUCCGUUUGAUUUCGUCCUGAGAGCAGUUUCGAGGUCUUAUUCGGCACUUUGCCUCUCCACGUGGAAUGGAGAAGGGGAUCAAGUCAACCGGGUGGAAUAGUUUUCUUUGAUCUGCAGGAGUUAAAGGGCAAAAGCUGAAGCAGAGAAUCGGUGCUGAUGUCAAAUUCUGCUUCUCCUGAGCCAAGAGAGUCUACUGUCUCAUCGACUUCUCAGCUGCAGGAGUCAAAUGGAGCAGCUGGACUGGACGAUACAGAAAGCACAAUGGCCACAGUUGCUCAGUUCAUUGAGCAACUGCAUGCCAACAUGUCUUCAGCACAUGAAAAGGAGCUCAUUACGACUCGUCUACUCAGUAUUGCCAAAGCAAGAAAGGAUGCAAGGAUGCUUAUUGGUUCUCAUUCCCAGGCAAUGCCAUUGUUCAUAUCAAUUCUUAGGAGUGGAACCUCUUUGGCAAAAGUAAAUGUUGCUAUGACACUCAGCAUUUUGGGCAAAGAUGAAGAAUUACGUUUGAGAGUCCUUCUUGGUGGUUGCAUCCCUCCAUUGCUUUCACUUUUGAAAUCCGAAUUGGCUGAAGCAAGAAAGGCAGCAGCUGAAGCAAUAUAUGAAGUCUCAGGUGGUGGGCUCUCAGGCGAUCAUGUGGGUAUGAAGAUAUUUGUUACGGAAGGUGUAGUACCGACCUUGUGGGAUCAACUUGAUCCAGAGAACAAACAAGACAAAGUGGUUGAGGGUUUUGUUAUUGGGGCGCUGAGGAACCUCUGUGGUGACAAGGAUGGGUACUGGAAAGAUACAUUUGAGGCUGGGGGUGUGGAUAUUAUUAUUGGUCUCCUGUCUUCUGAUAAUGCUGCUGCUCAGUCAAAUGCGGCUGCUCUUUUGGCCCGUCUUAUGUUGGCUUUCAGCGAGAGCAUCCCCAAAGUGAUAAAUUCUGGAGCUGUCAAAGUUUUAUUACGACUGGUGGGUCGGCAAAAUGAUGCUUCUGUUCGUGCUAGUGCCGCUGAUGCCUUGGAGGCUCUUUCUUCUAAGUCAACCACAGCUAAGAAAGCUGUCGUGGAUGCAGAUGGUAUCCCAGUUCUCAUUGGUGCCGUAGUCGCUCCUUCUAAAGAAUGUAUGCAAGGAGGAUUUGGCCAAGUUUUGCAGGGCCAUGCCACCCGAGCUUUAGCAAACAUUUGUGGUGGGAUGUCAGAGCUAGUGCAUUAUCUUGGAGAGCUCUCGCAGUCUUCUCGUUUAGCUGCACCUGUUGGUGACAUAAUCGGAGCACUCGCUUAUGCUUUGAUGGUGUUUGAGCAUGAAUCUAGUGUGGAGGGAGCACCAUUCAAUGUGACACACAUAGAACACAUUCUAGUCACGCUACUGAAGCCUCGGGAUGAUAAAUUGGUUCAAGAGCGCAUCCUAGAGUCCAUGGCGAGCCUAUAUGGCAAUCCUCAUCUGUCCAGAUGGGUUGACCAUGCCGAAGCGAAGAAGGUGCUUAUUGGACUUACGACAAUGGCUGCCCCAGAUGUACAAGAGUAUUUGAUACUCUCCUUGACUAGAUUGUGCUAUGAAGGAUUGGGCCUUUGGGAGUCCAUUGGAAAAAGGGAAGGAAUACAGUUGCUAAUAUCAUUGCUGGGUUUAUCAACCGAACAGCACCAAGAAUAUGCUGUUGAAUUGUUGGCACUUUUGACAAACCAAGUAGAUGACAGCAAGUGGGCCAUCACUGCUGCUGGAGGCAUCCCUCCAUUGGUGCAAUUGUUAGAAACGGGAUCACAGAAAACCCGGGAGAUUGCUGCACUCAUUCUAUGGAGCUUAUCUUGCCAUAGUGAUGAUAUCCGUGCUUGUGUUGAAAGUGCGGGAGCUAUCUCAUCACUGUUGUGGCUUUUAAAGAGUGGUGGACCAAAUGGGCAAGAAGCAUCAGCAAAGGCACUCAUAAAGAUCAUGCAGACCGCAGAUUCACCCACAAUCAAUCAGCUAUUAGCAUUACUCCUGGGUGAUAGUCCCAAUUCCAAAUCUCACAUAAUUAGGGUUUUGGGUCAUGUACUGACUUUGGCAUCCCGGAGUGAUUUGGUGUGCAGUGGGUCUGCUGCAAAUAAAGCGUUAAAAACUCUUGUCCAGGUUCUGGAUUCAUCAAAUGAAGAAACUCAAGAAUGCUCUGCUUCUGUUCUAGCAGAUUUAUUCAGUAUGAGACAGGACAUUUGUGAAAGUCUAGCAACUGAUGAGAUUAUUCAUCCCUGCAUGAAACUUUUGGCCAGUAAUACUCAAGUGAUUGCAACUCAGUCUGCACGAGCUUUGAGUGCUCUAUCUCGUCCCACCAAGAGUAAAAAAGCUAACAAAAUGUCUUGCAUUACUGAAGGGGAUGUAAAUCCAUUAAUUAGUUUGGCCAAAAGUUCAUCAAUUGAAGCAGCUGAGACUGCAGUAGCUGCACUUGCCAAUCUUCUAUGUGAACCCCAGAUUGCUGCAGAUGCUCUUGCUGAAGAUGUUGUUUCUGCUUUGACAAGAGUACUUGGUGAAGGUUCACCGGAAGGCAAGAUUAGCGCAUCGCGUGCACUUAAUCAAUUACUCAAGCAUUUUCCGGUGGGUGACGUGCUCACAGGAAAUGCUCACUGUCGCUUCACCGUUCUUGCCCUUGUUGAUUCUUUGAACGCAAUGGACAUGGAUGGAACAGAUGUAAUGGAUGCACUGGAAGUAGUUGCACUCUUGGCUAGGACAAAACAGGACACAAACUUGAGUUAUCCCCCAUGGUCUGCCCUUGCUGAGGUUCCAUCAAGCUUAGAAUCUGUUGUCCGCUGCCUGGCUGAGGGCCCCCCUCUAGUCCAAGAUAAAGCCGUAGAGAUACUGUCUAGGCUUUGUGGGGAUCAACCAGCUGUACUUGGUGACCUUUUGAUUGCAAGAUCACAAUCUUUUCAUUCAUUAGCUAAUAGAAUCAUCAAUUCAACUAGCUUAGAAGUGAGGGUUGGGGGGGCCGCGCUGUUAAUUUGUGCUACAAAAGAACACAAACGGCAGUCUCUUGAUGAGCUUGAGUCUUCUGCAUACCUCAAACCCCUAAUAUAUGCAUUAGUGGAUAUGACAAAGCAUGAUUCCAGCUGUUCCUUCUUAGAGAUUGGAGUUAGAACUCCCAGAGGUUUUAUGGAAAGAACCAUUUUCCAGGAGGGGGACGAUUCUGAUGUUUCUGAUCCCACCACAGUGUUGGGAGGAACUGUUGCCUUGUGGUUGCUGUCAAUAAUUUCGGCCUCACAUGAAAAUAAUAGACUUGCACUUAUGGAAGCUGAGGGGCUCGAGGCUCUUUCUGACAAGCUGGCCAGUCAAACUUCCAGUUCGCAGGCUGAAUAUGAGGAUGCAGAGGGCAUAUGGAUUACUGCCUUGCUGUUAGCUAUUCUAUUUCAAGAUGCAAAUGUUAUACUGUCUCCAGUAACUCUCCAUGUUAUCCCUUCACUAGCUCAGCUUCUACAGUCUGAUGAAGUGGUCAAUAGAUUCUUUGCUGCACAAGCAUUGGCUAGUCUUGUUUGCCAUGGAAAUCUGGGAAUAAACCUUGCCAUUGCAAAUUCAGGUGCUGUUGCCGGAUUGAUAAACUUGGUUGGUUAUGUGGAGUCAGAUAUGCCAAACCUCAUUGCUUUGUCAGUGGAAUUUUUCUUGUCCCGAAACCCUGAUCAACUUGCUCUGGAGCAGCUUUUUAAACUUAAGGAUGUAAAAAGUGGCGCCACUGCCCGUAAAUCUAUACCUUUGUUGGUGGACCUCUUGAGACCGAUGCCUGAUAGACCCGGUGCCCCUCCCAUUGCUGUUCAGCUCUUGACUUAUAUUGCGGAAGGAAAUGAUACGAACAAGCUAAUCAUGGCUGAAGCUGGAGCUUUAGAUGCUCUUACAAAGUACCUGUCCUUGAGCCCUCAGGACUCAACAGAAGCUACCAUAGCUGAUUUAUUGAGGAUAUUGUAUAUGCAUGCUGAUAUUAUCCGGUAUGAGGCAUCAGUAAGUUCACUGAAUCAGCUCAUAGCUGUUCUGCGACUGGGGUCGAGGACUUCGAGGUUUAGUGCUGCCAGGGCUCUUCAUGAACUUUUUGAUGCUGAGAACAUCAGAGACUCUGAUUUGGCCGGGCAGGCUAUUCAACCAUUAGUUGACAUGCUAAAUUCUGCUUCGGAGAGUGAGCAAGAGAUGGCUCUUGCUGCCUUGAUGAAGUUUACUUCAGGAAAUCCUGUAAAAGCAGUGGUGUUCACUGAAGUGGAAGGCAACCCCCUUGAGAAUCUACAUAGAGUUUUAUCCUCUGCUUCAUGCUUGGAAUUGAAGAGAGAUGCUGCAGAGCUCUGUUUUAUUCUAUUUAGUGAUGCAAAGGUUAGGGCUGACCCAAUUGCCUUGCAAUGCAUUCAGCCCCUCAUAAUGCUUAUGCAAUCCGGUUUAAGCACAGCAGUAGAGUCUGGGAUAUGUGCUUUUGAGAAAUUGCUGGACAAUGAAAGACUGGUAAAGCAUGUUUCAGCGCUUGAUAUCAUAGAUCUCAUUGUUGGCCUGGUAUCCGGGACAAAUUAUCGGCUCAUUGAGGCCAGCAUCUGUGCUCUCAUAAAACUAGGGAAAGACCGGACUCCUUGCAAAUUGGCUAUGGAUAAAGCUGGCAUUAUCGACAAAUGUCUUGAGCAACUCCCUGUUGCACCCAUUUCAUUGUGCUCCUCAAUUGCGGAACUCUUCCGGAUUUUGACCAACAGCAGUGCCAUUGCCAGGAGUUCCACUGCAGCAAGAAUAGUAGAGCCUCUUUUCACACUUUUGCAUUCUCCGGACUUCAGCUUAUGGGGACAGCACAGUGCCUUGCAAGCACUUGUAAAUAUUCUGGAGAAGCCACAGAGCCUUGCUACUUUGAAACUCACUCCUUCCCAAGCGAUAGAGCCCUUGAUUUCGUUUUUGGAGUCCCCAUCUCAAGCCAUCCAGCAGCUAGGCACAGAACUUCUCUCUCACCUUCUAGCCCAGGAACAUUUUCAGCAAGACAUCACUACAAAAAAUGCGGUUGUGCCGCUUGUGCAGCUUGCUGGAAUUGGUAUCCUCAAUUUGCAGCAGACAGCAAUAAAAGCACUGGAGAAAAUAUCUACUAGCUGGCCGAAGGCCGUGGCAGAGGCUGGCGGGAUAUUCGAGCUGGCGAAGGUUAUCAUGCAAGAUGACCUGCAGCCACCUCAUGCAUUGUGGGAGUCAGCUGCUUUAGUUCUUUCUAAUGUUCUGCGCUCUAAUGCAAAGUAUUAUUUCAAAGUACCUCUUGUUGUCCUAGUUAAAAUGCUGCAUUCGGCACUCGACAGCACCAUUACAGUUGCUCUUAAUGCCUUGACAGUACAUGAAAGGAAUGAUGCUUCUAGUGUUGAACAGAUGACUGAAGCUGGAGCAAUUGAUGCUUUGCUAGACCUUCUAAGAUCUCAUCAGUGCGAGGAAGCAUCUGGUAGAUUGCUUGAAGCAUUAUUUAACAAUAUUAGGGUCCGAGAGAUGAAAGUCUCCAAGUAUGCCAUAGCACCUCUGUCACACUAUCUGUUGGAUCCACUUACUAGAUCAGAAUCUGGCAGACUUCUUGCAGCUCUAGCACUUGGGGACAUCUCCCAGCAUGAAGGACAUGCUAGAGCCAGUGAUUCUGUUUCUGCAUGUCGUGCUUUGAUAAGCUUGCUCGAAGAUCAGCCUACAGAAGAUAUGGCAAUAGUCGCAAUUUGUGCGCUGCAGAAUUUUGUCAUGCAUAGCAGAACUAACAGGCGGGCCGUUGCAGAAGCUGGUGGCAUAUUAGUAAUUCAGGAACUGCUGAUGUCUACCCAUUUAGAAAUUGCUCGGCAGGCAGCAUUGCUCAUCAAAUUUCUAUUUUCUAAUCACACCCUCCAAGAAUAUGUCUCCAAUGAACUGAUUAGAUCAUUGACAGCUGCACUGGAGAAGGAAUUGUGGUCAACAGCGACCAUCAAUGAGGAGGUCUUGAGAACUCUAAAUGUGAUUUUUAUGAACUUCCCUAAGUUCCAUGUAUCUGAAGCUGCCACCUUAUGUAUACCACACUUGGUAAAUGCCCUCAAAACUGGUAGUGAGACGGCGCAGGAAUCUGUUUUGGACACUUUAUGUUUGUUGAAACAAUCUUGGUCCUCCAUGGCUUUGGACAUAGUAAAGUCACAGGCCAUGAUUGCAUCAGAGGCCAUUCCGAUACUUCAGGUGCUGAUGAAAACUUGCCCACCUAGUUUCCAUGAUAGGGCAGACAGCCUUCUCCACUGCUUACCGGGAUGUUUGACAGUGACCAUUAAGCGAGGGAACAACUUAAAACAGGCCAUAGGGAGCACAAAUGCCUUCUGUCGAUUGACAAUAGGCAAUGCUCCUGCACGACAAACAAAGGUGGUUAACCACAGCAUUUGUCCAGAAUGGAAAGAAAGUUUCACUUGGGCUUUUGAUGUGCCUCCAAAAGGACAGAAACUGCAUAUUAUAUGCAAAAGCAAUAACACUUUUGGGAAGGCAACUCUCGGGAGAGUGACUUUCCAAAUAGACAAAGUUGUGACAGAAGGAGUAUACAGUGGAUUAUUCAGUCUUAAUCACGAGAGCAACAAAGAUGGAUCUUCCCGCACGCUUGAAAUAGAGAUUAGCUGGUCCAACAGCACACCGGGUGAUGACAUAUGAGGGGAUUAAGUUAAUUUCCCUGAUGAGAAGCAGAAGGUGGCCAGGUCAUGAAGUCAGCUGGAAAAUUGAUUAGUAAUAGUGUGCAGGAUGUUGAUUUGCUUGUAAUUAUUGGUCAUUUGAAGUUCCAGUUUUGUAGUCUGAUGCACGUGCUGCUGGAGGGGUGUACAGUAUAUGACUUACACAAACUAGCAGAGGCGAUAAGAGUCGUGGGAUUUUCACAUUUAGGGUUCUAAAGAUAAUUAUAGAUCUACUGUACAGGUCAGUCUUCUAGGAUCUAGCAAGUUAAAAAUCCUUGAGGAAAUUGGCAGUAGUAAUCGGAUUUUUGCAGAUAGUGCUGCUCUUAGCUGGCGAAAUCGUUGUCCUCGUGUCAUGCUUGUGAUCUUUCAUGAGGCAAAUCCUCUCUGCAAGCAUUCGCAUUCGCUUUUGUUCUGGUCUCAAAAGUGGAUGUACAGGUCGUUAGAAAUACGUUGCACAAUAUCUCAAACAAGAGAUUUGUUCGUUGAGUUCAGAGGCUGGAUCUCAGGGGGCUAGCAGGGGCCAUUGCCUCCAUUGGCAGCUUGGUAUGUGGUCCAAAUUUUAUCGAUUAUUUAUUGUAUUCAUUGGAAUUCCAUGUGUAUUUUUCAAACC